UACAUAUAUUGUUCUAAUCCGGUUGAAUAGCCAAGAAAAUGUCUUCCAAUAUCACAAUUUUGCUUGUUAUUUUUGCCCUCCUAUGUGAUGUUAUGGCUUCCGAUCCUGACCCGAUUCAAGACUACUGCAUACCGAACCCGAAAUUUGGUGCCAUAAGAACACCUCUUCACACCAUCCUCCCAUGCAAGAACUCGUCCGAGGCCACCACCGAUGACUUCAUCUUCUCUGGGAUGAAGGUGGCCGGAAACUUCAGCGACAUGGGUAUCGCAGCCAUCGCAGUGAACCCAACAGUCUUCCCGGGGAUCAACACGCUCGGGAUGUCAUUCGUACGAGCUGACCUCAUAGUUGGUGGAAUCAAUCCACCACAUUUCCACCCUAGAGCCACAGAGAUAUCCCACGUAGUGAAGGGGAGUGUUUAUUCAGGGUUCGUUGAUUCAACCAAUAGGGUUUUUGCUAGGGUUAUUGAGCAAGGGGAGGUCAUGGUGUUCCCUAGGGGUCUAGUGCACUUCCAAAUGAAUGUUGGCAAGAAGCCUGCUACAAUUUUUGGUAGCUUCAACAGCCAAAACCCAGGAAGUCAAAGGAUCCCCUCUGCCAUUUUCGGGUCGGGAAUAAACGAUGAGCUCUUGGAGAAGGCAUUUGGAUUGAGUCCUAAGCAGAUUGGAACGAUGAGAAGAAGAUUUGAUCCAAAAAGUAUGAGUUAGAAAGCGGGAUUGAAGGGGCAAUUGCUUUAGUUGAGUUGUGUUCUACGUUGAUUUGCCCUAUAACUGUGGAGGAGCGUUGUUAGUUAUUGUAUCUUGUAUCAAUACGGUACUUCAAUCUUAUUGUUUCUUGUAUCGAUACAGUACUUAAAUGAAAUUUCUGGUGCAAGAAGUUUGUAGUUCAAUUAGCUAAGAGUUUUCGCCUCUUCACUUCAAGUCCUAGUUCGAUUUCCGCCUCCCUGCUAUCAUUUGUAUCAACAAAAGGAAAAAGAAAUUACGUGGUGCAAAGUUUUCAUUAAUCUCGCUUCGAAUAGCUCCACAUCCAAACGUACCAAGCAACAAUCCUAGUUUCACACAAUUAUUUCUCAAAUCCAACUUUCAAAAUUCAAUCCCUAAGAAGCAACUGCAUUAUGAUGCAACAAUCUAUAAACAGAGUUGGCCGGUACAAGAUCUAUCAUACAUACCAAACUGACUAACUGAAAUUCAGUAACUCCGUAUUGGAGAAAUGCACAGAAAAGUUCACCCCGAGGUAGCUCGUUACGUAAGAGGAAAUGUUUACUAUCCGUCGGUUAAAAGUGCCUUGACAAUGGUCUCGCACAUCCCAUCAGCAAGUGGCAACAAAUGUCCAGCACCUGGUAUCUCAUGAUAGUGGAUCCAUGGAAGCUGUUCAGCAAUGUAGCGUUGCAGUAAAACGGGUACCAUGCGAUCUUCAUCUCCAUGCCACACGUGGACAGAAGCUUCAUUGUUAGGGAAUGGGUUUUCCAGUUCCAGAGGACUGAAUUCCCAGGUCCCAAAUCCAACAUUCA